CGGUGGUACAGUCGAUUGAUGCGGCUGCAGCAAAUCUAUGUGCGGCACUACCCGCCGGGGUUGCGUCUGUCGUGUCGGCAAUCCAACGGGACAUGUCAUCACAAGUCGAUCGAUCUCGUGAGUCUUGGCCCUGAAACCAACGUAAGGUUGCUCGUAAGUCAGCUCAUUGAGAAGGAAUCGCUGCUGACGAAAGCUCACAUUCAUCGGUUGUACGACAUCCUCCAUGGCCUCAUCGACAAGCAAUGCCUCGCCCAGGACAUGGAAUACGCAUUGGCUAGGACCAUCAAGGCCCACAUGCAGCCUCUGACGAACGUCGCCAUCUCAAAGCACGGCACCUUGGUGGCCACGGCCAGCUACGACAAGACCGCAAAGUUGAUUCGGCUCCAGGGUCAAGAGGACAAGGUGGUGCUCCGCGGGCACGAAGGCGUCGUGUACUGCGUGGCGCUCAACACGCCGUACAGUUCGCUGGCGGUGACCGGGUCGUUUGACAAGACAUGUCGAGUAUGGGACACCACCACGGGCACGUGCAAGCAAGUCCUGACUGGACAUGAAGGCGAAGUGGUGUCCGUGGGCUUCAAUGCGUCUGGCAGUCGAGUAGGAAGUUGCUCCAUGGAUUGCACAGCAACUGUGUGGGACGUUGAGACGGGCAAGGCCGAGUUCGACCUCACGGGCCAUGCCGCUGAAGUGGCGUGCUUUGCGUUUGACGGGUCCAAGUCGUCGUCGUUCAUGGCUACGGGAUCGUGCGACUCAACGGUAAGGUUGUGGGACGCCCGAUAUGGGGAAUGCUUUCGCUCGCUGCAUGCACAUACGGCAGAUGUGAGCACAGUUGCGUUCAACCACCAGAGCAAUCUCCUACUCACAAGUUCCACCGACGGCACGGCCAAAGUACACCCGACGUACUCUCCAUCCUUGCACGAGAACUCACGACGUCUACCACGUAGGUAUGGGACGUACAGUCUGGGAAACCUCUCUUCGUGCUCGGCGACCACGUUGGGGAAGUGACGGACGCAUGCUUUAACUCGACGGGUUCUCUCAUGGCCACCGCCGGUGUCGACGGACACAUCUUCGUGUACGAUACUUUGACGGCGAAACGGCGAAGUCACUGCCUUGGGCACUCGGGCGAGGUCAUGCAAGUGGCAUUUUCGCGGCAGGGCGGCCGCCUGGUGAGCGCCGGUGCCGACCACACUUCCCGCGUGUGGCAUGCACAGACAGGGGAAUGCUUGCAGGUUCUACGUGGACAUGAGGACCAAGUGUUUGCGGCGCACUUCGCCUACGACGGUGCGACGGUCGUGACGGCGUCCAAGGACAACGCCGUCCGCGUGUUCACGGACAAGUCGUCGGGAUGACUUAUCAGUAGAACGUUAUAGGGUAAUAUGUGUCAAUGAAAAGGAACAGUGUGU